UGUGUGCUGCUGAGCGCUGACAUUUAAUGGCAUAUAUCUUUAAUUGUUCUGAUGGAAAGUGCUAAUUAUGAAUAAUCCUUGUUUCAUUUCCUGAUUAAGAAAAUAGGAAUUGUAAAACAUGGUUUUGUAAUCUGCUUAGGAAGUGUAAAACAUGGUGUUGUAAUCUGCUUAUGAAGUACCUACCUUACUGCUACUUUAAGCCUUAGCUUAAUUAACUGCUCAAUUCAUACUUCUGAAACAUAAAGGUUUUUAGUGACAUAAUUUAACACCAUAACUUACGGCUUAUAUUUAUUUUUUUAUUUAUUCAUUUAUUUUCUCAGCCAUAAUUUUGUGUGAAUUGUGGAAAGCAAAAUGCCAAGAGAGAAAGAAGCCCAUUUUCCUUUUAAUGAAAAGUUAUAGUGUUUGGAUUAAACUACCAGAUCUUUUUAAGCCAUUUAGUAAUUGUGUUUGACCUUUUUGACAUCGUUGUUCUUUUUUGAAUGCCUGGAACUCCUUCCUCUCCAAUGCCAUUCUAUCUGUAUUGCCUUGUAGUUUUGUGUGUAAAGUUUGGAAAUUUAAUAGAUGUUGCUUACAAUACAUCCUCCAUUGUUAUUUUGCUUUAUUUCAGUUCUAUAUUGUUGUCCUGUUGUACUGUAAAAUGUCAUUUUAUUCGUUCUUGUUAAUCUUCUUCGAUUUAAAUGAGUUCUAUUUCACCACAACAAGGGUGUGUGGGUGUGUGUGUGUGUGUGUGUGUGUGUGUGUGUGUGUGAGUGAGAGAGAAAGAGAGAGAGAGAGAGAGAGAGGGGGGGAAACUUUAAUCUAUACUUUUAGGUAUUAAUGUAGGCUAAAUUAAUUGCACAUACUUGGAAGUGUGCUUAUCAUUUAUUAAGUCUUAAUUCGGGCCAUUUUUGGUGGUAUGAUAAAUGUUUUUGGUUAACAAGCGAAAGUGUGCAGAGUUAAUUCUCAAAAUCUUCUACUUUAUGAAAUAAAUGCGAAGGCUAGGAGCGUUCUCGGUUCUCCCCUCCCAGAUCUCAUGUUAAGGGGGACCAAAAUCAAGAUUUUAAAACAAUAAUAAUAAUAAUCUUGGGUACUAAAUGGAACAUGUUUAUCAAAAUCUAACUCACUGCACUUCCUUAUGUGUAUCUUUCUAUUUAAAUAACUCAAUGCAUUAAAAUGGCAGUUAGCUAAUUUGUUUCUAUGGCAUUGGCCAUUGUUGGCUGUUAUCCUAGUAGUGACUGUACAUAGUCCGUCCUUUUGUGUAUCCACUUUUUUUAAUUUAAUUUUAUUCCUUUUAAGUCUUAUGCUUCUAACGGGAGUUAAUUAAAAAUUCCUUGGCAUUCUUGGAUACAGAAUACUUGCCUUAUAGAUGUGUCAGAAUUUUAGCUUUCUAUAGUAGUCAAAGCUAAUUCAUAUCCAGUGAAUUAGAUUUUCCGGAGCCAUAAACUAUCUGGGCUCUGCCCAAAUUCUUUCUCAUUUAUUAUUUUUAACUGUCAAAUUCCUCUCAAAGAUGAUUGGGUAGGUUGUAGCAUAGUGACCUUGUCAAUGUGUCAAAAGUUGUAUGGCUCAAACUAUGAAAUGUCAAACAACAAAGACUUCUUACAUUGGUUUGUGAAGCUAAAUAUUUGUAGAGUUUAACAAGCUCUCGAGCUCACAUGACCUUGAGUUUGUUUUAUGGUAUCUCCUUCUUAAUUGUGGCAUUGGACAUACUUUAUGGCCAUAUCAGCAUGGAUGUACAUUUAAGACGGGGAUCACCUCCUUUCUAACACUUAAAAGAGACAACAAACCUUUGUAAGUGCGUCAUCCUUGAUUCGAAAGCCCCUUAAAAACCUUCAUUUCUGUUACCUUGAGAUUUGUUAGCCAAAUUGCUUCUCUUUUCCUAUGGGUGACCAGAAAUCUUUCUCUUCAUCUAUGGAUGACCAGAAAGCUCUCUCUUCAUCUAAUGAUGGCCAACAAGCUCUCUCGUCAUCUGUGGAUGAUCAACAAGCUACCUCAUUUCCCAUGGAUAACCAACAAAUUUCCUCUUCUUCUCUGGAAGGUCAACAAGAAGACAUUCCUCAACCGAAUGAUGAAUCGUGGUUUGACCUGACCAAUUCAUGUGGAAAAGAAUUUGAACUUCCAAAUGUCUCUGAUCCAAUGAGUCUAGAUUUGAGCAUUAACAGCAACAACUUGCUAGUCUCACCAUUCCAACGACUUGAUAUUCCUUGUGUACUGGAUAAUGCUUUUGUAUUGGAGAUAACAGGUCCAUCUUCUGCAGGAAAUCAGUUGGUUUCUUUACCCCUGAUUGAGAUGGUACCUUCAGUCACAAAUACCUCUUCAGCAAUUGAUCAACAAGGUGGUAGUCUUAACUCUACCAAAGAUUCUUCUGUUGAGUAUAGUUUUUCUGUUCCUAUAGGUGUUUCUUUGACAAACCAAAAAUUAUAUGCUGUUGAUCCUUUGGAUCUUGCAUUAUCAGCAAUGGAGAAGUUGGUGAUCCUGUUACGUCCUACAGACUUGGGUUUAGUGCAAAUGGAUACGAGCAUGAUGGUUCAGAACACCUUCAGAACUCCAACCAUAGAAUAGGAAUCAGAUCAAAUCUCUCCAUUCUGAUGAAAAACCAAGAAACAAGCCCUACUCAUGCUCCUCUGUCAAAUUUUUGUGGUUCAGACAGUAACGAGCACAAUUUUGGCACUAGUUCGUCGCAAGUUUGUCAGCCUUCAUCCUAUAAUGGUGAAGUAAGCUACUUUUCCCACAUGUCUCGGGUUAACGAUGAGUUAAAAUACAUAUGCAAGGAUUGUCAGAAAGAGUUCCCUAACUAUAAUGCCUUUGGAGGUCAUAUGAGUUUCCAUGCAAAGGCUAGCAAGAUGAUUAAAAAAUUGUCCGGCCCAACAAACCCCUCGCAAAAGCACAAGGAAAAUUUCUCUCAACUUCAUAAUAGAGCAAGGGAAGGAGCUCUCAUGCCAAAAAAAUAUCGGGGAGAACAAAACCUCUUCAUUAUGCGAGGCUCAAAAGACAGAACCUUCUUUACCUAUCGCUGAGCAGAAUGGAAAUGAAGGUCAUGUGUGAGAAAAUGGGGAUUUUGAUAAAGAAUCAGAUUUCUACAAGUUUUUUGAAAUUGGAAUAAUUCAUCAGUGAGCAAUCAAUAAUGGACCUUUGCUAACCUUAUUUUGAACAUGCUUUCUUUAAGUUUCAUUUUCGUUAGUCUUAAAUUUAGGAUGACAUGACUUUUGGUACUGUAGCUGCCUAGUGACGUUUUGUUGCUGUGUCCUUGUGAACAUCUCUUUUUCGUUAGUUCCAUUUGGUCUUGCUGUUUAUUAGGUUCAACUCAGUGUUAUUUUAACAAGCUUGAAGUUAAUAUCAAGUUACUUGGUUAUUAUGAAUGGUUAUCUUCUUAUUUACUAGUUGUUGCAAGUUAUUAGAUAAUAUGUGCCUCUGUAUCAUUGCUUCUUUAUUCUAUAAGUUCAUAUUUUUGUUUUUCCAUAAUGCUUGUAAUAUUUUGUGGAUUUACAGAUUUGAGCAAAGUUCAUGGUAAGUCACUUGUUGAAGGCUCUGACAAAGCUUUAAAUUAAGUAACAUUAUAUCAAAUAAAAAAUUAAUGGGUUAUAUGCAACCCAGUUUUUGGUAUUUAUUUGGAAUGGUGGUACGUUCUAUCGCUGAACCUUGCUAGUGGUCUAAAUUGUAUAUUCCAUGGUUAUUAUAACAAAGUGUGAGUCAUAAUCUAGAACAACUUCUAGAAAAGCAAAGAGUUUUUCAAACACUGUUAUCAUUGAUGUUCAGAAUGUGUUUGUCACUUUACUUUUUCCAGCGUUUGGACAGUAAAAGCAUUAGUAUUUGUUCAUCAUAGAAAUUGGGAGGAUUUAGAGUAGUUGUUUAGACCUGUUAAAUCAAUAAUAAUAUUUUAUUUUAUAUGUAUAUAAUCGAAAUUCAUAUUACAGUUCGAAUCAGCAGGAACGCAUCCUAUUAACUAAGUUUGUUUGACCAAGUAUCAUUUACCGAAACCAUUUGUUAUUUCUUUUGGAUUACUGGAUGUGAGUAUUCUAUGAAGCUGAACUUUAAGUGUCCAAAAAAAUUGAAAUUCCACAGUGACCAUAUAAGAUUCGAAUAUCAUUCAAUACCCAAAAAGGGAAUCUGCUUUUUGUUUCCAAAGAGGUUUCCAGAACAAGGAAAUGGAUGAUGCUUUUCUUCCAAAGAAGCACUUGGCAUUUCCCACAUCAUUUUUUUGCACUUUAGUUAACCAGAAUUAAAUUAUCAAGCUUCAAUGCCAAC